UGAGAGUUUUAAAAUCAUUUGUCAUCUUUUUUUUCUAAUGAGAAAGUAGUUUUAGAAUAGAGAAAAAGGGUAAGUGGGAAAAAAAGGGGAGUAAUGAUUAAAUGUAAGUCGGUUCUGGGGUGGGUCGUAUAAUUGGGGCAAAUCCACACUGCUUCCCUCUGGAAAUCGGAUUCAGCAAUCGACACUGAUAUGGAGGCACCGAACGGCUCUGGUAAGAAUCCAUGUGAAUCCCAGGGAAGUUUGUCCAUGGAGCUUCCCCCCGAGCAAGCUCAUUCAUACCAGUUGCUACACUCUCAGAAGAGAAAAUUGCUUCCGGAGCUGGAUGAUACAGAUGGUUCAUCUACCAAAAAGAGAAAAGUACUGCAUGAGGCAGCACAGGGGUGGAUUAUUUUCAGGAUGAUGAUUCCUGCACGGAGGGAUGGUUGUAUUGAUCAUUACAAUCUUAUGCUGAAGCCAUCUUAUGAGAAGGACAAUGUUGACGUUGAUUUCUAUGAAGCUGGAGAUGGAAUUGGAAUUGUGAUGGUAUCGGCCAAAGAAGACUCUAGGUGCUCCACAACUCAUGCUGUGCGUGUUAUUUGCACACUUUACUCCUCGUUCUUGCUCCAGAUGCCUUUUAAGGGGAGGUAUUUGAUAAGACUACUUGUACCAGCUGCACAUACAAAAAGGCUGAUUAUUCUCCAGACAAUCAACUCCCAUUCAUGCAAACCUGUUAUCUAUCUAACAGAUAAUGUUUCAUUUUUAUCUUUGGGUGAUGUGAUCGUUGAGGUGGAAGGGUAUUGUCGACACAUAGAUGAGGCAAUGCAAUCAGUUUAUUCUGAUCUGGGAGAGUUUAGGGUUGAUGAGAGCAUGGUCUGUGAACUUAAAGCUAACAAUGGCAUUCAUCCAUCUGCAUGUGGGUGUGGUUCUGGGGUUAGAUUUCAAAGAGCUUCUGAGAUUCUGGCGUCCAAACCAAUUCCCCUGUCGUAUAUUGAUCUCAUCAUAGGUGAAGAUGGUGCAAAUGUUGAACACAUACGGAAAUCUAGUCAGGCUUCUGUGUAUUUGAAACCAUACACACUUAGAGAGGUGACUAUUUGUAUUGUUGGCGAGUCGUAUGCUGAGGUUGAAUCUGCUAAGUGCGCAAUAGAGGAUUUGAUUGGAAAACGCGUUUUGGCGGAUAUGGUUCAGGAACAAAGGCUAGUUUCGGGGCCUCAUACUUCAAGUUGGGAAAGGCCGUAUAAGAAACUCAGUGUCUUUUAAUCACCCCAUAGCUGUUUCUUGAUGCCAAAGCCAACCAAAUGACUAUGCAAAAUUGCUUCUGGCUAACUGUAGUUUGUUUUUUUUCCCUUUCAAUCAUUUAGAUGGCUAUUUAUAUACUCCGUGCUCUCUAUUUCUUUUAAACAUUGAUCUCCACUUGGUUUUGAUUACUUUUUUUGUUUGAAUAACUUUUGGACGAGUAUUGGGAGUCCCAAUAUAGGCAAUCCUAGUCAAAAUGUCAUGAUUUCGACUUUCCCACAAUUUCAUUUGAGAUUAUCCAACUUCACAAUUUCUUUCAUAU